CAUACGGUUGGGUUGCUACGCAAGUGAAAAAUGAAAUGUUGUUCAUCCAGUUUGCGUGUGGCCUCACUAUGGUAAUGGAGGAGGCCCAGAACAGAAAGGCCAGUAUGGGAAUGGGAAGAGGUGUUAAAAUGGUUGACGAACAGGAGAUCUAAAGGCCUUGGCGGACUGAGCACAUGUUUAGCGAAACGGCCACCGAGUUUACACUUGGUCUCGCCUACGUGCAGAAGGCCACAACAGGAACCGGGGUCGCAUUAGAUGAGGUUAGAGGAGGUGCACAUGAACCUCUAUCCUCUGGAAGAACUAGUGGGUCCCUGGAUGGCGGUAAGGGAGGAGGUAAAGGGACAGGUUUUACAUCUUCUGUGGUUGCAGAGGAAAGUCCCUGGUGAGGGGAUGGUUUGGGUGGGAAGAGAUGAGUGAACCAAGGAGUUGCAGAGGGAGUGGUCUCUGUGGAAAGCAGAAAGGGGUGGGAAUAGGAAGAUGUGACUGGUGCUGGGAUCAGGUUGGAGGUGACGGAAAUGUUGGAAGAUGACGUGUUGGAUGUGGAGACUGGUGGGGUGAAAGUUGAGAACUCGGUCCUUGUUGCAUCUAGGGGGAGGGGAGCAAAUGCAGAACUAUGGACACAGAGGAGAUGCAGGUAAGGGAUCCAUCUAUGGAAGCAAGGGGGAAACCACGUUUACGAAAGCAUGAGAACCCCGUUGGUUGUCCUAGAAUGGAAAGCCUCAUCUUUGGAGCAGAUGUGGUGGAGAUGGAGAAAUUGAGAGUAGCGGAUAGCAUCUUUGCAAGAGGCAGGGUCGGAGGAAGUGUAGUCUGAAUAACUGCUUGUAGGUUUGAAGUAGAUGUCAGGUUUAAUUGGCAUAUGUACUGUCAACAGAACAAUGAAAUACUUAUUUGUAGUAGCAUGAAGAUCACAAAGUGGCAGUGACGUGCACAAUUUUUAAAUUGCCAUCUUUUGUUAAAUUUGCAUGUGUCCUUAACACUAUGAGAUGAAAACAUGGCCAUGUAUGAUCUCUCAUUUAAAACAAAGUUAUGUGUGGUAUGUCUGUACCCCUGCCUGACCGUCCAUUACCCUUACUAUUACCCAUCCCCUUACCAUUUGCGUAGUGGAAUAGCUUGUGACAAUAACACUGGCUAACAUGUCUGUUAAAAUGGAUAAAGAAAAAUGUAAACACCCUCAUGAAAUAUUCACACCUUACUACAUCAAGCAUCCUUUAAAUAGCAAUAACUCCAGAUUAUUGCUUUGUUUAACUCCAAUCCAAUGGGAUUAGAGCAGUGUUUAUGUUAUUUAUCAUUGUGCAGUCCCCAAAAAUCCUGUUGUUUGCUUGCAGCCAAGUAGAGAUAUUUAAUUAUCUCGUCAGUGCAAAGUUAGUCCAUGUUUUAAAAAAAAUAAUCACAGAGUCCAGUCCGCGAAGCGGUGUACUCUUGGUUCUGGUUUUGCAGUUGUCCCGUCUCUCUUCUCUUUCCACCCCCCCUCUCUCUCUCUCUCCAUGGGCUGGCGAUGCUUGUUUACUCGGCACAGCCAGAAGAAGUUUGCGUUUGGUCUGUUGGUUCGAGGCUUUUCGAUACCGCUUGGUCGUCCGUCUUUUUUUUUGGUGUUGCUCUACCUACCAGAGAAAAAAUAAAUUGCAAUUCAUUUUUGCUAAAGAAGCACACGAGAGAAAGAAAAAAACAAAAAACAGAGACGUUGUUGAGAAAAACAAAAUAUUGGGAGAAAACAAUCACUUUGGAAUGCGUUGAAGCCAUAGGCAAGAAAAAAACCUUCAAGGAUUUUAUGGCAUUGUUGAUCAAUUUUGCGCCUGGUGUUCUGAUAAUUUAUUAAAUAUUUUGAUUUAUUUUUUUCCUUUCGUGAAAUGGGGACGUGCUGAUUUUCUUCUUGCGGGGAGCCUGCAAUAUUAACAACAACAAAAAAGAACGCAGGAAGCCAAAGGAAAAUCAAGUUUGGAUCAUCUUGGAAAGGAUUUUGUGGCUGAUUGAUUUUCUCAACAGAUUGGAUUGUUUUCCCCUUCCUCUUCUCAGGACCUGGUAAAUGUGACAGGAUUUAAACAACAACAAAAAAAACCCCAUCCCAAACAAUUGCAUCUUGUUGCAAUGAUAUCAUCCGGUGAAAAGGAAAUUACAACUAAAAACAGUGGAGUUUGAGGAUGAAAUAAAAGCAAAGGAAAUGAGGGGUUUCUUGAACAGGGCAGUGAAGCCACAACCUUUGCAACUCAAAUGUGAUUUCCAGAGAAGAUCUUGUCUUUGAAGGGGGGAACAAAAGAUUGGAGAAAGCUUCUUCAGCUGUGGUGGAAGAAAUAAUCCUGCAAAUAAAUUAAGAGGCGAAAAAGCUGUAAAAUCUGUAACAAACUCCCAAAAAAGACUGGAGAAUAAGGGCCGAUUAAUCUUAUUUUCCUUCUCUCUCAUGGACAAAGUGAAGGAUUUGAUCCAGUCUAACUGUCUUGUGGAAAGAAAACUCAAGAUUUUUAUCUGUGUUGGGAACAGUUGUACUUUUUAUUUGCGAGAUUUAAAAACAAAUUAUAUUUUUCCUCCUUCUCCUCUUUCCACCCCUAAGUAACCUCGAAAAAAAUCCAAAAAAACUCAACUUUUAUUGCAGGUUGCCCUUCAACCCUGCGUUUUGUUUUGGUUUUUAUUCUGAUCCAUACAAGGGUUGUUUGUGUGGGAGUUAAUUUUGAAAUAGGAAGAUUUCAGACCCAGAAUGGGAAUAAAGACUUUGAUAUUAACCUCGGUGACUCUCUUCAUUCUGGCCAACACUGGCCCAACAGAAGCAAAAAUUUGUCAAAGCCUAGAUAUUCGAAACAACAUCACACACUUGGAGCAGCUAAGGAACUGCACUGUCAUCGAGGGGAAUCUGCAGAUCCUGCUGUUGUUUGGCUCAAAACCUGACGAUUUCCGUGGACUGAGCUUUCCUGAACUUACGAUGAUAACUGAUUACUUACUUCUGUUUCGUGUCUACGGCCUAGAAAGCUUGAAGGAUCUCUUCCCAAACUUGACUGUGAUUCGUGGCACACGCCUCUUCUUCAACUAUGCGCUGGUCAUCUUUGAGAUGCUGCACUUCAAAGAAAUAGGCCUGUACAACUUAGUGAACAUCACCCGGGGCGCUGUACGAAUUGAAAAAAACCCAGAGCUUUGCUAUCUGUCCACCCUUGACUGGUCAAAGAUUCUCGACUCAGUGGAGGACAAUUAUAUCAAGUCCAAUAAGGAUGACAGAGAGUGUGGUAAUGUGUGCCCAGGCACACUGCAAGGAAACACCAAAUGUGCCCAGACCGUCUUCAACGAUCAGUUUAACCACAGAUGCUGGACGAGUGACCAUUGCCAAAGAGUUUGCCCCUCUGAUUGCCGUCGCAAAGCCUGCACUCCCGGCGGUCAGUGCUGUCACGAUGAAUGCUUGGGAAGUUGCAAGGCACCGGGCAACGCAGCCAAGUGCGUGGCCUGCCGGCACUACGACUAUCAAGGCAGGUGUAUCCCCGUCUGCCCUCCAGGUACCUACAGGUUCGAGGGGUGGCGCUGCGUGAACUUCUCCUUCUGUCAAAUGCUGCGCAAUGAAUGCAAAACUUCCAAGGAGACGGAGUGCUCUGGUCACGUCAUCCACAACGGGGAAUGUAUGUCUGAGUGCCCCUCAGGAUACAUCGUCAACUCUACCAGCCUUCUUUGUUCGCCUUGUACUGGUCUGUGCCCAAAGAUAUGCUCGGUGAAUUUAAAGAACAUAGAAUCUGUGACAGCUGCUCAAGACCUCCGAGGCUGCACCGUCAUCAAAGGCAGCUUGGUCAUCAACAUCCGCGGAGGAACCAAUAUUGCAGCAGAGCUGGAAGCAAACCUGGGUCUGAUCGAAAUCAUCACUGGCUACCUGAAGAUCCGCAGCUCCUAUGCUUUGGUGUCACUAGCCUUUUUCCGCAGCCUGCGCUUGAUCCAAGGUGAAAUUGUGGAACCAGGGAACUAUUCCUUCUACGUAUUGGACAAUCAGAACCUGCAGCAACUGUGGGAUUGGGAGAAGCACAAUCUGACUAUUGCCCAGGGCAAGAUGUUUUUCCACUUCAACCCGAAGCUGUGCCUGUCCGAAAUAUACAAAAUGGAGCUGGCCUCAGGGACCAAGGGGCGACAGCAGAAAAUGGAUAUUGCUCAAAAAACUAAUGGAGACCAGGCAUCAUGUGAAACCCAGCUCCUGAAGUUUGUUUUCAAUAAAACCACAACUGACAAGAUUGUGUUGAAGUGGCAGCCAUUUUGGCCACCAGACUUCAGAGACCUCCUGGGUUUCAUGAUAUUCUACAAGGAGGCCCCUUUCCAGAACGUGACUGAAUUUGAAGGGCAGGACGCCUGCGGAACAAACAGUUGGAAGGUGAUAGACGUGGAGCCUCCCGGACGAUCAGAAGGGAAAAUGAGUAAUCCGGGAACGCUGCUUCUUGGCCUCAAGCCCUGGACACAGUAUGCAAUCUUUGUCAAGACCCUACUCACGAUAAGUGAUGAGAGGCACAAUCACGGAGCCAAAAGCGAGAUUGUCUACAUUCGCACCACAGCAGGCAUUCCUUCCGUGCCACUGGAUCCAAUAUCAGUGUCCAACUCCUCUUCCCAGAUCAUCUUGAAGUGGAAGCCCCCAACAGACCCUAAUGGCAACAUCACCCACUACCUGGUGUUCUGGCAGCAGCAGCCUGAGGACAGUGAACUGUAUGAGUUUGAUUACUGCCAGAAGGGCUUAAAGUUGCCAUCGCGAGCGCCUACAACUCACAGUGAUCCUGAGGAUGGACAGAAGCAAAACCAGACUGACAUUUGUCACGUCUUGGGUGAAUGCUGCGCAUGUCCCAAAACAGAGUCGCAGCUCAAAAGGGAAGCUGAGGAGGCUGCUUUUCAGAAGAAAUUCGAAAACUACCUGCACAAUGAAGUUUUCAUGAUCAGACCUACACCUCACGAGAGUGAUACUAAGGACAGUAGGCCUUCCCGGAAACGCAGGGAACUGGGAACGCUGUCGAACAGCAGCAUUCUUGCAUUGACCACACCUACCUCCGUCAUUAACGCAUCGGCAACUAAAUCACCAGAGGAAGAGUAUCCAAAAUUAUCAGAGAAGGUGUGGAUGAAGGAGUCUCUCGUGAUCUCCAAGCUGCGCCAUUUUUCAGGAUAUCGCAUUGAAAUUCACGCAUGCAACCAUGACACGGAAACCGUGGGAUGUAGUGUUGCGGCUUACGUUAGUGCAAGAACCAUGCCUGAAGCAAAUGCUGAUGACAUUGUGGGUCCAAUCACACACAAGGUCGUGGAUAAAGUGGUUCAUAUCAAAUGGGACGAGCCAAGGGAUCCAAAUGGUCUCAUUGUGCUGUAUGAAGUAAAUUACAGACGACUUGUAGACUCUGAAGAAACGACACAGUGUGUGUCUCGUAAACGAUACCUCGCUGAGCAAGGGUGCAAACUGAAAGUGCACCAUCCCGGGAACUAUACUGUGAAAGUACGGGCUACGUCACUGGCUGGAAAUGGUUCGUGGACAGAGGCGUUCUCCUUCUGCAUCCAGGAUUCAAACACGAAUCACAAUAGUGACAUUUACAAGAUAGUUGGGCCAGCAAUCCUCGCCAUUCUGCUCAUCAUCGUAGUUCCCGUUGUCUUUCUGGUGGUGAGGAAGAGACGAACAGAAUUACCUACAGGAAUGUUUUACACAUCUUCAAAUCCGGAAUACAUUAGUGCCAAUGAUGUCUACGUUCCAGAUGAGUGGGAGGUUGCACGUGAUAAGAUAGAGCUGUUGAGGGAGCUGGGGCAAGGUUCCUUCGGCAUGGUCUAUGAAGGGAACGCAAAGGAUACCGUAAAGGGAUACCCGGAUACUCACGUGGCUGUGAAAACUGUUAAUGAGUCUGCCAGUCUCAGAGAACGUAUCGAGUUUCUGAAUGAGGCGUCAGUGAUGAAGGCAUUCACCUGUCACCAUGUGGUCCGUUUGCUUGGUGUUGUAUCAAAGGGGCAGCCUACACUGGUUGUCAUGGAGCUGAUGACCCAUGGGGAUCUGAAGAGUUACUUGCGCUCAUUGCGGCCAGAUGCUGAGAUUAGACCAGACCGUGAGCCCCCCACCCUGAAGGAAAUGAUUCAGAUGGCCGCUGAGAUUUCGGACGGAAUGGCUUACCUGAACGCUAAAAAGUUUGUCCACAGAGAUCUGGCGGCUCGAAACUGCAUGGUGGGAGAGGAGUACACAGUAAAAAUUGGAGAUUUUGGAAUGACCAGAGACAUUUAUGAGACAGACUACUAUCGUAAAGGUGGCAAAGGUUUGCUCCCAGUGCGGUGGAUGGCUCCUGAAUCCCUGAAAGAUGGAGUGUUUACGACGUUCUCUGAUGUUUGGUCAUUUGGAGUUGUGCUUUGGGAGAUCAGCACUCUAGCAGAGCAGCCAUACCAGGGUCUAUCAAACGAACAAGUUCUUAAAUUUGUCAUGGACGGAGGCUAUUUGGAUCGUCCAGACAGCUGUGCUGAUAGAAUACAUACCCUGAUGCAGAUGUGUUGGCAAUAUAACCCAAAGUCAAGGCCCACUUUUGUGGAGAUUAUUACCAUGCUGAAAGACGACCUUCACCCAAGUUUCCGCGACGUCUCCUUCUACUACAGUGAGGGUAACAAGCCUCCCGACACGGAGGAGUACGACAUGGAUUUUGAGAAUAUGGAAAGCAUUCCGCUUGACCCUUCUUCUUACUCACAGACAGAAACCCCACUGAGUCACAGCCGAGACAAUGGGCCCAAUAUGGGCCUGAGGGGCAACUAUGACGAACACAUACCGUACACUCAUAUGAACGGAGGCAAGAAGAAUGGGCGAAUAUUGUCCUUGCCAAGGUCAAGCCCUUCGUAACAUUUCCUCUACCUCCUAUUUCUUUAUCAUUUACAUGUAUUGGGCCCGUAGUAUCUCAGGACUCAAUUAUGGCUGCCACAGUUUGCCACAUAAGGAAAAGGACCUUGCAUUCGUUAAAAAAGAAAUCAUUUUUCUGCCAAGUGGCUGGUUAUAUAAAUGAAUCAAACUGUGAAGAGACAAAGAAAAACUCACUCAUAUUCUAUAACUGUAGAACUAUAUACACGUUCAUAUGGUGAAUACAUACAUGUACAUAAUA